CCGGCCCGGCCGGGCCUCAGUCUGCAGUGCUCAGAGCGUGUUGGAGCAGAGCGGAGCGCUAGUCCCGCCCCAGCCCACCGGCACGCCGCAGCCGUGCCGAGUCGUGUCGUGUCGCGUCGAGUCGCGUCGUCUGCCUGCCUGUGCCGCCCUCACCGCCACUUUUGGAUUAACCUCUCUGGAGUAACAAGUGUGUGUGUGUCUGUGUGUGUUUGUGUAUGUGUCAGUCUGUGGUCUUGGUGUCCUCAAGAUGACCGUGCCAAGAUUCGCCAUGUCGCCGCUUCUACUUGUAUUUGUGGUGAGCGGCAGUCGCUGUUAGACCAGCGGGAACUCGAAGGCUGGUGGAGAUGUACUCAGUGAGUCUGGGUAUUCAAGGCGAUGUGCUGGGUGUCGGCGCAGGCCAUCAUGGUGCCCAGCGGCAAGGUGGGCCCCAUCGUGCCCCCGACGCCCCGACCCAGGCGCACCGUGCCCUCGUCCACGUAUGCGCCCGCCCCCGUCUACGAGGAGGCCGAGGACCCGUCGAUCAACGAGGUGGACGGCGGGCCCCGCUACAACCCGCCCGUGUACCGGCCGCCCCUGCUCAAGCACCUGCUCCUCCGCUCGCACUCGCUCAAGUUCAGGCAGCUCUACGCGCAUCAGCUGCCCGAGUACUUCCAGAAAGAGAUCGUCGGCCAGCAGUCGCAGGUGCUGCCCAAGUACGACCGCGGGACGACGAGGGUCAAGCACUCCGACCAGGUCGUGCCUCUCGCCUACUACCGCCGGAAAAUGUACUACUCCGGCUACCCUGAUUACGACUACUGAGCGCCGUGCCGCGGAUCCUAAAGGCGCUCUACACUCAAGGCCCAAAGGCGUUUGGCCUCAGUUACGUCUGCUCAGACCGCUGGAGAAGACGGCCCGAGAAGAUACGAACAAAUCUUGUCAUUGACGACUAUAGUUACCAACUUUACCUGACGUACUAGUGAAUAGUAUAUACAAGUGACUGCCCUAAGUACACAUUAUUCCACAAAGAACGAACGCAUUACGAGAAAUAACAGAAGAGAGCAAGUAAAACUAUUCGAAAAAACGUUAGACUUUACACUAAGGAACAUGACAUGAACAGCUUGCUUGGUUAGUGAGUGACGACAGUGUUAUACCUCAAUCGCGUAUUUGAAGAGAUUUAGGUUUAUGAUUCAAAGCUAUGAAUUUUAAGAGAAUUUUCUGAAAAGUUUGCAAUUUACCAGCUCAUUCCUUGCCUGGAAUGUCAGGAAUGUUUCAGUUUGAGUGUAUUUUAAAUAUUUUUUGACGCGAAGAAAUAUUAUCCUGAAUUUUUGUAGCCAGUACAAUGUUUCAUAUCAAAUAAGUUUAAGGUACAAAUGAUGGAACGAUUUGUCGCCUCCCGGGUGGGAAGGUGGUGCUUGCCAUAAUUGUUUGCUGCAUUUGUGGCUGUCAAAAUAUUUAUUUUUGGUCCACGAUGGGCAACUAAGUUUCAUCAAAGUGAUUUUCCCUCUGAAGAGCAAAACAAAACUAGCCAUUAUCACACGUGAAAAUGAAAAUUGACGACGGACGAACCAAACCCCCCUUCCACUGGAUGAUCCACAUCGACAAUGCUCAUCCGUCGCCAAUCUUCUUUCUACUAGCAACCUUUUGCUCUUGUCUUCAAAUCAACAAUAUUUAUUUUUUAAAAAUGUUUGCACUAAAUAGAGUGAACUAAAUGCCAUGCUCUGCAAGAAUUAUUUAGUGUAAGACCAAUAAAAAAAUACAAAAAACAUC